AAGGAUUGUGCUAUAUAAGUUCAAUGAUGGGACAAGGCACAGAAAAUCAGGCUAAGGGGAGAAAACCACUCCAGACUGAAAAGUUGGAAGGCAUUAAAAAUACAUACAGAAGAAAAGCAUGUAGUCUUGACGAUGGGGGAAUGGAUGGAGAUGGCGGCGCCGCUCGCCAGCAAGGCAGGGGCUGCCGGCACCACCAGCAAGCCUCCCUUCCCGGAGCUGGAUUUCCGAUCGGGAGCCAGGGUGGAGGAACUGAAUAAACUCAUCCAGGAAUUCACCAAACACGACCAGAGGGAGUACGACGACCAGCGAGCCCUGGAGAUCCACACGGCGAAGGACUUCAUCUUCUCCAUGCUGGGCAUGGUUCAGAAACUUGACCAGAAGCUGCCUGUAGCCAAUGAGUACCUGCUGCUCUCAGGAGGUGUGCGAGAAGGUGUGGUGGAUAUUGAUCUCGAUGAGCUGAAUGUUUAUGCACGAGGCACAGACUAUGACAUGGACUUCACCCUGCUUGUGCCCGCACUGAAGCUGCAUGACCGCAACCAACCAGUUACACUGGACAUGCGCCACUCGGCUUUAUGCCACUCCUGGCUGAGCCUGCGUCUGUUUGAUGAAGGAACUAUCAGCAAAUGGAAGGACUGCUGCACAAUAGUGGAUCAUAUCAAUGGAGCUACCAAUUAUUUCUUCUCUCCAACAAAAGUGGCAGACUGGUUCUAUGACUCCAUUAGCAUUGUCCUCUCUGAGAUCCAGAAAAAGCCCCAGCGAGGGAUGCCAAAGGUAGAGAAGGUAGAAAAGAAUGGGACUAUUAUAUCCAUCAUUUUGGGAGUGGGCAGCAGCCGCAUGCUGUACGACAUUGUCCCUGUGGUGUCCUUCAAAGGCUGGCCAGCAGUGGCUCAGAGCUGGCUGAUGGAGAACCACUUCUGGGAUGGGAAGAUCACAGAGGAGGAAGUCAUAAGUGGGUUUUACUUAGUGCCUGCAUGUUCCUACAAGGGGAAGAAGGACAAUGAAUGGAGGCUUUCAUUUGCCAGAAGUGAAGUGCAGCUGAAAAAGUGUAUCUCCAGCAGCCUCAUGCAAGCCUAUCAGGCCUGCAAAGCUAUCAUCAUCAAAUUGCUGUCCCGCCCCAAAGCCAUUAGUCCUUAUCACUUGCGGAGCAUGAUGCUGUGGGCUUGUGACAGGCUACCAGCCAGUUACUUAGCCCAAGAGGAUUACGCAGCCCAUUUCCUCCUGGGUCUCAUUGAUGAUCUCCAGCACUGCUUGGUCAACAAGAUGUGCCCUAACUAUUUCAUCCCUCAGUGCAAUAUGCUGGAGCACCUCUCUGAAGAAACAGUCAUGCUGCAUGCGCGGAAGCUGUCCUCAGUGCGCUCAGACCCUGCCGAACACCUUCGAACUGCCAUUGAACAUGUCAAAGCAGCCAACCGGUUAACACUAGAGCUCCAACGGCGGGGCAGCACCACCAGCAUCCCCUCCCCACAGUCAGAUGGAGGGGACAUCAACCAGCCUGAUGACCGAUUAGCCAAAAAGUUGCAACAGCUAGUGACUGAGAAUCCCGGGAAGUCCAUCUCUGUCUUCAUUAACCCAGAUGAUGUCACAAGGCCCCACUUCAGAAUUGAUGAUAAAUUUUUCUGAGCUUUCAUCAAUGUGUCCUGGGAUUAUUUUGGCCCUUUUUUUUUUUUUCCCUUCAUUUUUAAAAACUCUUGCAGUGUGCAGAUUUUUCCAUUUGGUUUUCCUUGAUGACUUAGUCUCUUGUUUUUUACAUAUCCAGCAUAAAUUGGAUCUGUUGAGAACAAUCUGAAUAAAUUAUAAUUCCUGGUUCUGCAGGACGGUGCAGAUUUUUAAACAGUAUAUUACUAUUUCAUAUGCUGCUUUGAUUUUGUUUUUCACCCACCCAGCCCCAUUGUCUGUGAGUAGUUUCUAAAGGACAACAUGCACCGUAAACACACAUGCCACAGUGUAAUGUACAUUUUUUUUCAAACUUCCAUAAUUUAUGUACGUCGUUGGGCCUGGGGAAGGGGCAACUCACCUUCCGUUGCUUUGGAAAUUCACUUUUUUCUCAUGAGCUUCCAUCACCCUAAAGAAAUAAAGAGAGACUCUGGGUUGGAAAGCGCUACUGGUAGUUUGACGAGGCCAAAUCUACUGGGCUGAAGCCCAGUUCAUCUGUUCUUCACACUUCCCACACUAGGGGAGAAAGUUGACUUUAAAGAUGAUGAUGCAGCUUUUGCGGGGAUGAGUUGUUUCUGUUUUGAUCUACUUUUUGAAUGUAAUUGUUCAUAAUUGGACCUUGUACAGUCCAGAGGGUUGUUUCUGCUGCUUUUCCAUGCAAAAUAAGGUUAUGGGAUGUUAGUUUUAGUGUGUGUAAUUAUUCAAAGCCUUAUUUAAAUUCUAUUAAAAAACAUAACCAUUAUAAAUGUUAAUUGCACUAAUGAAAUCUCUGCCAUUACCUCAGUCCCACUGUUUGUGUUUCUUUCAUGAAUUAGCAUCUGUUAUUAGGUCUCAGUAUUGCAGAUUGCUUGAGGCCCCUCAGGUCUCAUGGUUUUAGGUGAUUUCUUGAUUGUCUUUUUGUAAAAGGCUCUUCCUUGUUAGCCCUGCUAUGUGUGAGAAGUCAGAUUUUUGCAUUGGCAUAUUUCUUUGGAUGCGUAUUGUGUGUUGCAGUGCAUAUUGCAUUAAUAUGUAUUGCAUGUUGUUGAAACAGGUUUACCAUUAGAUAAGGAUGUGAUGCUAAAGCAGUGGUAUGUGCAAAGUGAAUGAGCCAGACCUUGAUCAAAGGAGCUACCUUGCUUCUCUAAUGCAUGUAUUAGGCCUGAUCCCUUAUGGCAGUUACCAUUCCCUUGACUCCUGUGGACUUCCUGACUUGCCCUGGGAUAUACGAGAUCUUACUUUGGUCUUAAGUUUGCAAAAGUUGUGCUUGUGUGUAAACUUGUGGCGCAACAGUAGCCUUGAAAAACACAUACACCUUCCUUUUGUGUGUAGGAUAAGAUGUAUGGUAGCAAGGGUUAGUCUGAGCCAAAAAUAAUUCCAAGAGUUCAAGGAUAGAGUUACCUGUUGUGGCUGGCUGGCCAGUGACUGAUAUUUAGGCCUUAAAUCAGCAAUUUGGGCUUACUGAUUAUCCCAGAGAAGCUGUUCUGAUCCAAACUUGAUGCAUGUUUUACAAUGUGCUUAUUAGAGCAGGUUGAAGUAUUUUUUAAAUAUUUGACAGACAAAUGAGACGCAUAUCUAGUAAAUUCUAAUGGAUAAAAACUGUGUAUGGAAAAUGUGUCACUUUUUUAGCCCAGCCUUUCUGGUAAAGAAACCAGGCUGGUGGAGCAACACACCAGCAGCUUUGGAAACUGCUUUAUUAGAUGCCAGGGAGAUUUCAAUACCUGAUCUAGUGCUCAAGUCAUGUCUUAAUAUGAAACUUUUGGCUUCUCCAUCUCUUGGGCAUAUUUGAAAACUUCACCCCAUUGCUGUAGCCAGGAUGUUCACAUUUACCUGAAUUUACUGGUACACAUUUCCAUGAGCCUGAAGAAGCUCUCAGAAGUUGCUGGCUAGAUGAAGUGGAUGAGGAUUUAACUUUAAAGCACAACUGGCUAGUGAUCCUGAGCCCUGGUGCAGCUGUGCUUAUGGUCCAGGGGAGGACAUGUAUUGACUUCAGUGGAACGAGAACUUGGUCCUACCAUUGUGGCUGUUGCCAAAGAUGAGUCUCCAUUUAAGCCUGUGUAACCUGCCGGGGAGGCAGAAGAACGGACUGGGAAUCCCCUCCAGAAGUGCUUGGAAAAUGCAGAUUCAUUGAAAUGGUUUUUCCCCCAGUCUCUGGGACUUCUGUUUGUUGGCAAAAGAAUCUGGGCUGCAGGAUGAAGUUUUCCCAUCACCACAUGAGAGAGAUCUGCUCAGCACAAAGCAGCAGUAUCCUGGCAGGCAGAGUACUUGCCCGUGAGUCUCAGUGUUUACCAGUGCUCUUGAGUUAUGCAGAAACACAGCCUUCCUCAUGCCAGUUCAACGUCCUGAUGACCAGCAGUUUGGCUAGCCCAUGUCAAGCUCUGGUGUGUGCUCCUUUUUUUUUGUUUUUAAUUAAAAAACAUUUUGAAAAGUAUCCAUUUUGUUCUUCCUGCAUUAUGAGGAAAAUGUGUGUGUUGGGUUUUUUUGUGGGGAGAGGAGCCUUGGCUUUCUACUGGACUGGAAAGCAAUUUCCCAGGUAGGUCUGGGAGAAUGUUACAUCUUCUGUCUGAACUGUUUGUCUUCCAAGGAGGCAGAAUCCUAAUCUCCAGUAGGUUUUGAAUCUCAGUCUAGUGUUUGCUCCUUUCCACAUACUAUAGCUCAAUUUAAUGAAGCAGGUUGCCAGCCAGAGAGGUGAUGUGUGCUUUGUAUCUUAGAGAACACUGAAGCCUGUAUUUUCUUCCCCUCCUAUUGUCCUUUCUUGCCUUUGAGUAUAUGCUGAGAGAGACUUGCAAAAUGCAUACCUCUCUAUGUGGGAUUUCAAAGUAGUGAGUAGGUUUAGGUAUCAAUGACCUAUUAUUAUUCACUACCACCUGCAAGUUUCAAGGGGACUGCAGCGCUUUUCCUAGUAGGGAGUUCUUGAAAGUUCUUCACAAAAACACUUUAGAGCACCCAACCCCAUGGGGUUAAAGAUUUGGUCAAUGACAAACACUGCAAUAAGAGGGGAUUUGCUUUAAACUAGCAAUGUAGUCAUCUUCCCUACUGAUACCAAGAGGAGACAAGUCAGUGCUGUGAGCCCAUGUCUUAAUGGGAGCUUCAGUUCUGCACUCAUGCAAUGGGGAAUAAGAUUUUACUUUGUUUUUGCACAUUAGCUAUGCCCUGUAGGCAGGGGGUGUUGCAGAAAGACUGGGACAAUUAAUGAGGAGCUGGCUGCAUGUGUGAGAAUAUUCAGAGGUCUUCUUUAUUUGUCUGCAUGUUACUGCCUCCUACACUAUUAAAAGGGAGGGGAAUCCCAGCAAAGAGGGUCUGGCCUUGAGGCAUCAGAAAGGUGGGAAGGAAGAACCAGUGCCCUUCAGUGGCUCCAUUUCUCAGUGUGAGCCUCUUUGGACAUCCUGUCUGUGGUCCUACUGUUGGGACAAGCUUUUGCCUUUGCUCUUUCCAUAAGGCUUCUAGCUGUUAGAACAAUGGGGGGAGCAAAUCAUUUGGCUGAUUCCAGUUGUGACUUCUUCUGGGAGACCCUGAAGAACGUGUCACUUCUUCAGGGGGACACCAGACCUGACAAAACCACCACCCAGUGGGGGGGUUAUUCUCUGUGUUAUGUUGAGGGGGGUACGCAAAUUAGAGCAGAAGGAAAGAACAGCCCAACAGCUUUGUGAAAGCCUGCGGUCUCUGCUCCUUCAAGCAUGUUAUGUGAAACCUCAGUCACUUCUGGCUGGCUGUGAUAAAUCAGUUUCUCUAUGUUUUCUAGUACUCUAGCCUGGAGAAAGGUUUGUGCUCGAACCAGAAAACCACAACUGAGCAUCAGAGUCACUCUGCAGGAGAUUCAGCAAAAUACCAGCAGGACUUUAACCAUCCACUGUCCAAAAUAGAAGCCAGUUCCCAAACCUGUUGAAAGAUGUGGUUUUUAACAGUCUUGUUUUUUUCUGUUGUCCUUUUGUCACUGUGGAAUAGCUCUAAUUUUCAUCUAAAUUCUUAGACUUCCCUUGAUUACAUUGUUCCAGUAGAGAGCAGCCUUGUUUUGGUAGCUAUAGCACUUCUGGGGCUCAACAGGGCCACCCAAGCUCUGUGCCCUUCCGCUUCUUGGUCUUCUCAUUGAGGAUAUAGGAUGCUGUAAGACAAGCUUGCGCGUGCUAGAAGUUGUCAGCUUGAUGACUGAAACAGGCAUUGAAAGACAAUAGUCACUCUUGGUGUGAGAUGUGCCCUCAGCUCAACUUCUGCUGGACAGUGGGCCAUAUGAAAUGAUCCCCAAACUCUCCCUGGGUGCGCUGUGCUCUUAAGACAAGUACAGGGUGGCUGGCUUCAUGCAAGAUGCUGUCCUGGUAUGAAACAUCCACCAGUAGCUAGUGGUCUCCAAACAGUUGUUACAAUUUUCAGGUAAAUCUGAGGAUACAGGGAAAAAUGACUACUUAAAAGCCUUAAAAAGCCAGAGAUUCCUGAAGGUCGCAUUGCUCUGCUCUCCUGAGGCUGUGGCUGGUGCUUCAACCUGGCUCCACUCAGCUGCAGCCUCUGAAAACAUUUCUGUAAAGAAGGUUUAUUUAGGUGUCUCGCCAGUCUGCUUGCUGUGUAGUGAUGAAUGCUCAUGGCAACUGUGUAGUUGAAC